AGGCUGAGUCGCUGCCUUGGAAACGCCACACAUGCGGAGCACGAACUGGGGACCCAGAUUUCAGAGGCUUCUUCCUCCACUCUUCUCCUCCAUCCAUUCCUCCCAUCAGCAGUCAACUGGGCGGCUGUGCCACCACUGAUAUGGACCCGCGGAAAUGCAGACAAGGCUGAAAAAGACAGAGUAGAAAAUAACUUGAAGCGGCGCACAGGCAGGUAAACCAUGCCAUUGGUAAAACGAAGUAUAGAGCCGAGACACCUGUGUCGAGGUACAGUACCUGAUGGAGUCACCAGUGAACUGGAGUGUGUUACCAAUAGCACCCUCGCUGCCAUCAUCAAACAGCUUGGUAGCCUCAGUCGUCAUGCGGAGGACAUCUUUGGAGAGCUGUUCAAUGAAGCCAACAGCUUCUACAUGAGAAUGAACAACCUACAGGAGAGAGUAGACAUACUGGCUGUCAAAGUCACACAGCUAGACUCCACCGUGGAAGAAGUCUCUCUGCAGGACAUCAACAUGCGUAAAGCGUUUAAGAGCAGCACCAUCCAAGACCAACAGGUGGUCUCACGGACCUCAGUCCCCAACCCUGUGGUAGAGAUGUACCAUCGCUGUGACAAACCUCCACCACUCAACAUACUCAGUACCUAUAGGGAUGAUAAGAAGGAUGCGUUGAAGUUCUACACAGACCCCUCCUACUUCUUCAUGCUGUGGAAAGAAAAGAUGCUGCAGGCCACGGAGGACAAGAGGAAGGAGAAGAGACGACAGAAGGAGCAGCACAAACAGGUAGAGGACCCGGGAAGGGAGGUGAAGAAGGUUCGUAAAGCCCGUAAUCGCAGACAGGAGUGGAAUAUGAUGGCUUAUGACAAGGAGUUCCGCCCCGAUACCAGACUAACCCCCUCACCCUAUCACGGAAUGUCCUCCGAGGGGUCGCUAUCACCCGAUAACAGGUCUGUGGCAUCAGACAUGGGCGAGCUCUCCUACCCGUCCAGCCCUAACCACCCCUCCCAGCCCCCCUCCGCCCCCCACCCCAUCGACGGUGUCCCCCACCUCACCCAGACACCACAGACCCAGUCCUUAGACAGGGGUGGGUACCCACGACCUAAUCUCCCCUCUGGUGUAGUCGCUGGGGGAAGACAUAUCGCCUCUCUGGGGCGCACUCAGCUCCCCCACGCACCCCCCGCCUCCUCUGAGGGGGGAGCACUCAAUGGGCCACGGCAGCAGUCUGUCAAGGACUACAGGGCAUAUGGCGGCCAGCCAUCAGCCAUCCCCGAGUACUUCACCCCCCCUGCCCCUCCCCCUCCCCCACCCCUCAUCCCGUCCGCCCAGACUGCCUUCGACUCCACCUCCUCCUCCCCCAUUCUCCCCCCCGGGGCCGUGGCGGUCAUGUCCCGCCCUUACAGUCCCUCCCCUACUCCCCCCGCCCCCCCUGCCAACUAUGUCCCCUCCCCCUCUCACACCCCCUCCGGUGCCCCUCCCGCUGCCCCCCCUCCUCCCCCACCUGGUCUACCCCCCUCCCAUAUCCUGCCUCUGGCUCACGCCAUUGUUGGAGAAGCUCCUGCCACCAGGAAGGGCCAGAUGCCGAUGAUUCCGAUAAGUGACGCUCGCAGCGACCUGUUGGCUGCCAUACGUAGAGGUGUGCUUCCGAUCAGCAAUGCUCGCAGUGAACUGCUGGCAGCCAUACGCAGAGGUAUCCAGUUGAGGAAGGUCCAGGAACAGAGAGAGCAGGAAGCAAAGAGAGAGCCAGUUGGAAACGACGUGGCCACCAUCCUAUCACGUCGCAUCGCCGUUGAGUACAGUGAAUCAGAUUCCGACUCCGGCGGGGAGGACAACGGGGAGUGGUCCGACUGAAAUGGGUCAGGGGUCAAUAGGUUAAAGGGGACAAGUGUUAGGGGUCAAGUGGAGGUGCUUGUGAGGAAAGGGUGUUCAAAACUUUAUUCAAAAUUAUUGAAUUCAAUUUCUGUUGCCCACCACACACAUAUAGACUUUAAAGGGAUAGACCAACCACCAACCUACCUAACUCCCCCAAUCUAGCACAUUGUUGUGUGCUUGAGUAGUAUUGCUAAACACACUACAUGACUUCUACUCAAGCACUAUAACACAAUCAAUGAAGCAAUGCUAUAGUAGAGGACUACAGUACAUACCCGUGUGCAGUCGUGGCCAAAAGUUUGGGAAUGACACAAAUAUUAAUUUUCACAAAGUCUGCUGCCUCAGUUUGUAUGAUGGCAAUUUGCAUAUACUCCAGAAUGUUAUGAAGCGUGAUCAGAUGAUUUGCAAUUAAUUGCAAAGUCCCUCUUUGCCAUGCAAAUGAACUGAAACCCCAAAAAACAUUUCCACUGCAUUUCAUUCCUGCCACAAAAGGACCAGCUGACAUCAUGUCAGUGACUCUCUCGUUAACACAGGUGUGAGUGUUGAUGAGGACAAGGCUGGAGAUCACUCUGUCAUGCUGAUUGAGUUCGAAUAACUGACUGGAAGCUUCAAAAGGAGGGUGGUGCUUGGAAUCAUUGUUCUUCCUCUGUCAACCAUGGUUACCUGCAAGGAAACACGUGCCGUCAUCAUUGCUUUGCACAAAAAGGGCUUCACAGUCAAGGAUGUUGCUGCCAGUAAGAUUGCACCUAAAUAAACCAUUUAUCGGAACUUCAAGGAGAGCGGGUCAAUUGUUGUGAAGAAGGCUUCAGAGCGCCCAAGAAAGUCCAGCAAGCGCCAGGACCGUCUCCUAAAGUUGAUUCAGCUGUGGGAUCGGGGCACCACCAGUACAGAGCUUGCUCAGGAAUGGCAGCAGGCAGGUGUGAGUCCAUCUGCACGCACAGUGAGGCAAGGACUUUUGGAGGAUGGCCUGGUGUCAAGAAGGGCAGCAAAGAAGCCACUUCUCUCCUAGAAAAACAUCAGGGACAGACUGAUAUUCUGCAAAAGGUACAGGGAUUGGGCUGCUGAGGCCUGGGGUAAAGUCAUUUUCUCUGAUGAAUCCCCUUUCCGAUUGUUUGGGGCAUCCGGAAAAAAAGCUUGUCCGGAGAAGGCAAGAUCAGCGCUACCAUCAGUCCUGUGUCAUGCCAACAGUAAAGCAUCCUGAGACCAUUCAUGUGUGAGGUUGCUUCUCAGCCAAGGGAGUGGGCUCACUCACAAUUUUGCCUAAGAACACAGCCAUGAAUAAAGAAUGGUAUCAACACAUCCUCCGAGAGCAACUUCUCCCAACCAUCCAGGAACAGUUUGGUGACGAACAAUGCCUUUUCCAGCAUGAUGGAGCACCUUUGCCAUAAGGGAAAAGCAAAAACUAAGUGGCUCAGGGAACAAAACAUCGAUAUUUUGGGUCCAUGGCCAGGAAAAUCCCCAGACCUUAAUCCCCUUGAGAACUUGUGGUCAAUCCUCAAGAGGCGGGUGGACAAACAAAAACCCACAAAUUCUGACAAACUCCAAGCAUUGAUUAUGCAAGAAUGGGCUGCCAUCAUUCAGGAUGUGGCCCGGAAGUUAAUUGACAGCAUGCCAGGAUGAAUUGCAGAGGUCUUGAAAAAGGAGGGUCAACACUGCAAAUAUUGACUCUUUGCAUCAACUUCAUGUAAUUGUCAAUAAAAGCCUUUGACACUUAUGAAAUGCUUGUAAUUAUACUUCAGUAUUCAAUAGUAACAUUUGACAAAAAUAUCUAAAGACACUGAAGCAGCAGACUUUGUGAAAAUGUAUAUUUGUCAUUCUCAAAACUUUUGGCCAUAACUGUACAGUACAACACUACAAAAAGCUAGAACUCAACUUCCCUUUGCUUUAGUCAACUAAAUGAAAUGGUCCGAAAUGGAGGGAAGGGAUUCAUUGUAAAUACAUAGAGGAGCACAAGUGAGAUAAAAGGUGGGUGACACAUUCAUGUUUUAUUUAGUUAUUCAUUCAGUUAUUUAUUUUAUAUGGCACAUAAAUAUGCAAAUAUGUACCCACAGCAACUAAUACUAAGCAUCAGAAAGUUCAGAUAGUUGCCCUUGAUAACGCAAAUUCUAGAAGACAGACAGACAAUGUUCUGGUGAAUUGUCACUGCAACACAUGAGGGGGGUGGGUGUGAUGCCCCCUGGAAUACCAUAGUGUGUGAAACUGCAUAGGAUCCCUCUUAACAACUCAACACCACCCACCUCUUCUCCACUUGUAAACAACAACAAACUCAUAAAAUAAAACCCAGCUCAUAAAAGAAAAUACCAGUGUGCAGUGCUUUUAAAUAUGGCUUUACACUUUAACACAAGUUUUAAAAUGAAUGUUGUAAGAUAAUAAUAACACUAUAUAGGUUUGUAUCAGCAACAAUUACUCUGUAUUGGAGUGAACGGACAUACUAGUUCAGUAUGAUGCAGUGAGUUGACGUAUUUUCAAGAGCACAUUUUUUCAGGGCAUGUGGAAUUGUGGGUAAUGAAUUGUGUGUAAUAAUCAGUCUCAAUAUUAGACAAGGUUCAUUAUAUCUACAGUCAAGUCUCCGCUUUGUGUUUGCUGUAUGAAGUAGCAUUGUACAGCUGCCUAGCUAACUCCUCUAACGUUACUCACGUCGGCUCAACAACGUUUAAACAACCAUUCAAACCACUAGACUUUGCAGACUUUAUUUGUCUGUUAAUUCUGUAUUUGCUCAGUGGUUUUAGUGCAGGGGUAUCAAACUCCUGGCCCUCGAGACAAAUGUCCCCCCGAAAUGAUUUAAUGUGGCCCCUAGGGCAAAAUGAGUUUGUAACCAAAGGGAUGAUCCCUGAUCAUAAGGCUUUUAAUAAGUACAGGUUUUAAAAUGAAGAAAGAAAGACAUUGAGAAAAGACACGCAUUGAAAAUACUUUAUUUUGUGUUGUUUCAAUGUGACACAGGAUAAGAAGUUAAUUAAAAGGGACAUUGCACCUUUAAAAUAUAUCCCAACUGAACAUAAAUACAGUAUGAGUAAGUUGAAUCAUAAACAAUGAUCUAAUGUCAGUUUUGCGGUUUACCCCUAAUGGAAAGGGUUGGGGAGGCUAUGCUGAUCCUAGAUCUUUAACUAUGGACAACUUCUAUCCUCAAUAUACAGUACAUAAGAACAGCUGGAAUGUGAUAACAAAACAAAUAGCAGCAAACAUUGUAGUUUCAUGACAACAAAGUUCUAAUUUGCAUUCUAAACUAGAAUGUCUUGGAACUAUUAGUGCCAACAUGGUAAAUAUACAACUUCUAAGGCUCAGCCUCAAAUUAUAGCAUAUUCUCCAUGGAGUGCACUACUUUUGAUGAAAUACUACUUUGUACUAAAAGUAUUGCACUAGCAUAUAUGGAGAAUAGGGUGUCAUUAGUAGCCAAAGUCAAUUUAACUCAGUGUCUCUCAAGCUGUAUAUAACUAAGAUUCUGUGUUUUAAAUGAAAUUGUAUAGACUUUUGGUAAGAAACUGCUUGUAAAGAAUUUGGGUAUCUAGAUAGAGAGAAUUUCUGUAUUACACGAAACAAACUGUAGGCAAAGUAUGCAUGUAUUAAUAGCUAAUAAUAAAUGUGAAAAAUAUUC